CGCUAUCUUAAUACUUUACAAAUAAGUAUUUCACUUUUGAAAUUUAUAGUUUCGUCUCUUUCUUUGUUUCUUCGGUUAAAGCCUCCUUUGUCCAGUUGCUUCUUUUCCAUCUUCAUUCUUUCUGUUCCUUCUUUUCUUCCUUCUUUCUUUUCUCUGUACACUCAUCGAUGAUUCAUUGGAUUCAUUUCAGAUAUUCUGCGUUAAACACAAUACUGAUCAAGUUUUUUUUUUUAUGUUACACAAGUGAGGCUUAGUCCAACAGUUACGGAUUCCCCGCUUCCAACCCACACCUCUAUGACUUAUAUUUCUCAACAACUUUAGUUGCGGAUCGUUAUAAAAACAUAAUUUAUUUUUCCUCACGAGGAAAAGCUUCCGUAAAAUGCUCUUCUAUUUCAGGUAACCAGGGCAUGAACUCUAAUGAACAAAAAGAAUGAAAGAGACUAACGGGAGAGAGAAACAAAACCAAACAGAGAGAGAGAGAGGGGUGAAAGAGAAAGAGACAGAGAGGGGUGAAAGAGAAAGAGACAGAGAAAGAAAACAAUAAAGCAUUGUAUUCAGUUAUCACCGACACAUUUUUUUCUGUUUGGAAAAUUCUUUAAGUUAUAAUCAUUUACCUGUAUGAUGCAUUUAAGAAGAGUUAGAUUGUAUAGAAACACUGGUCCUCAGUUACGGCUAUGAGCUCUUCACUCUUCUUCUGCAGUCUCUGGUCAAUCACAGGUUGUAGGAGAUAGAAUAUUUCCAACAUGACCCUUGGUAUUGUAGCUGCACUGACUGCUGCCAGCACAAUUGCAGCAAUUAACUUCGUCUUUGUCAUUGCUAUUAUUGUUUGGAGAUGUAAACGAUGGAAAAAAUCAAAGCCUGUUCCAGUAACAUCACUGUCAUCCCAACCAACUAUUCUCAAAAGAAAACCUAUAAAUAUCAGCAGAUUAGAUCUGAAUCCACAAAACUUUGCUGGGCAGCAAAAUCCUGUCUAUACAGUGCCAACUGUAAUACAAACAGUUCCAAGCAGAAAUCCAAUUUCAUAUGAGAGGCAAUCAAACAGGCCCCCUAACAAAGUUUGGCCACCUCUUGGUCAGUUUUUAACGAUGAAUGAUUCAGUUAUGUGGUAUCCAGUUGAGAAUGCUACUGUUGUCCCUGCCAGACAACAAGCUCAAAAGAAAGACCUGAAUAUUUGAAGAGACAGAGAGACCCAGGCUUUGGAUCAGUAGAAAUUUUACCUGAUUAUGAUGAUGAUGUAUGUUAUUGAUAUGAUAUGAAUUGGUGUUAGAUUUUAAGGAAUAGCAGAGAGGAACAACAAGAUGGGGGUGGAAUGAAGAGAAAGAAAUUUUUAAGGAGUUCACAUGAAUAAUGUGAGAAAAAGAUGCAUAUAUAUAUAUGUGUGUGUGUGUGUGUCUGUAUACAUGUAUGUAUGUAUGUCUGUCUGUAUGUAUCUCUCUCUCUCUCUUUAUAUAAAUACACACACACAUGCAUUUACACACAUACACACGCAUGCACAUGAACACUCAUGCACAAAUGCACUCACGCACACACACGCAUGCACACACACACGUGUGCGCAUACGCACACAUGCCAGGAUUCUUUCAGUUUCAGUCUUUUGAACCCAUUUACAAGGCUUUGGUUGAUCCAAGGCUGUUGUAGAAGACACUUGGCCCAUGUGCCAUUCGGUGGGACUGAACCUGAAAGCAUGAGGUCUGGAAAGCAAACCCUUUUAACUGCACAGCCAUGCAUGUGUGUGUGUGUGUAUCAUCAUCAUAACAUACAUAUAACAUAAAGUAAUAUAUAUCUAUAAUAUAACAAGGAUACAGCAAUGAGUUCUUAAAAUUAUUACUGCACCAGACAAAAUGCUUAGCACCAUUUCUACUGACUCUUUAUGUUUCUGAGUUCAAAUGCUGCUGAGGUUAGCUUUGAUUUUUGUCCUUUUGGGGGGUCGACUAAAUAACAGUGUAAUCGACACCGUCCACCUCCCAAAAUCGUUGUCCUUGUGCUAUAAUUAGAAAGAAUACACUUGUCUGGUUAAAGAUAAUUCUGCUAUCACUUUUUAUUUUUACAAGAAUAUUUAAGGAUAUAUAUAUAUACACAUAUAUAUAUAUAUGAGGUGGUAACAAAAAGUUCCAGGAGUAGUUAUGUUUAAUAAAAAAUAACUUAUUCACUUGAGUUUUAACAUCAUCUCCUUCGAAAUAGUCACCUUGUGACAGCAACACACUGGUUCCAGUGUUCCUGCCAUUUUUGGAAUCCAGUAUCGAAUCCAGAAUUCUGGCCAAAAUAGGAUUAAUGUAAUGUAAUAUAAAGCUGAAGCAAAUUAACACCAAAUAUACAGUGCAUGUGUUUUUAUUGGCUAAACUGGCAAUAUGACCAUCCCCAAGUACAACAACAUCUGUUUCAACACACGAUUUCACAUCAAAAAUCUUGCAAAACAAAUAUAUAGUAUGGAAGUUGUUUUCCGUAAUUGAGUUGAGGACCUUCUGUGAUUCACUCUAGAUCUCGAUAACAGUGUUAAAAUGGCAACCUUUGAGCUGCAUUUUCAUCUUGAGGAAGAGAUGGAAGUCUGCAGGUGCUAAAUCUGGCAAAUAGGAUGGGUGCAGAAGCAAUACCAUGUUGUUUUUGGUGAGAAACUCAUGAGUGAGGAGAGAUUGGUGACAUGGUGAAUUAUCGCCAUGAAGAAUCCAGUUCUUCAUGUUCCAGAGAUCUGGUUGCUUUUGCUCCUUCAAACGCUUCAAAACAUUGCAGUAGAACUCUUAAUUGACGGUCUGGCCCUGGGGGGAUGAAUUCUCAAUGAACAAUACCAUGGAUGUUGAAAAAAAUAAUAAGCAUGACCUUGAUUGAGCUGCAGCACUGUCAUGUGGUCAUGCCACUGGAAGCAUUGUGUACGACCCAUUAACUCAUCGGCAUAAGCUUGCAGAAGCAACUUCAAUGGCUCCGCAGUAGACUUCCCAAGUUUAAUGCAAAAUUUCACGUUGGCUCUUUGUUCCAACUUCCUGUCCAUGACAAAAAAUUGCAAACUAUAGCAUACAUGUGAUCACAAAAACACAAAUUGCACAACUUGCGAAGUAAACACAGUGAUGUCACUUGGCACACUACACCAUGAAGGUCACUGUUAUCUCACACUGCAUACACAACCAUGUGCUGCCAUCUGUUGGUGUGCUACAGAAUUAGUUCGGGAACUUUUUGAUACCCACUCCUAUGUAGUUUUAUAUGUAAAUACAUACAUACAUACAUACAUACAUACAUACAUAUAUAUAUAUAUAUAUAUAUAUAUAUAUAUAUA